CAGACUUUUUCCAUAGUUAUCUCAUAAGAGAGAGAACACUCGAAAAGUUUGUGAAUCAUUCGCCUAAAGACUUGGGAUUUACAAGCUAUUCUCGUGUUCUCCCAACAUCCCGCGUGGUUUAUUGCGCCAGUAAACCCAUAGAAAGAGUGGUCUAUAGCUUGAAUAGCGCGCGUCGAAUGGAAACCAGCCUUAAUGUGUGUUGCUUCAUUACGUUCGUAAGAGAUGAACUCGAGGCUCUCAGUUACGAAUUGAUGAAACAUUUUCGUCUCUUGCAGGUCUCAUAAAGGCCCAUCUGGCAAUCAGAAAGCGGGCAAAAAUUCAGAAAGUGCUGACGUUCCAAGCCAGUUGUCUUCAAUACCGUCUGAUAAGCAAUAUGGAAGCGUUCCGUUAACUUCAACGUCACUUGAAUGUAAACAAAUGGAGACCAACCCAUCUGACCUUAUAAGCCCAGAAAAAACAGCAGUCCUCCCAGACCCACCAGUUAGCAGCAGCAGUCGGCCUAUGCCAGACUGUCGGGAGUAUAAGGAAUCAGAUUCCUACCAGUGGCAUGAAGGGUCUCAGAAAGGCCCAUCUGGCAAUCAAAAAGCGGACAAAAAUUCAGAAAGCACUGACGUUCCAAGCCCGUGGUCUUCAGUACCGUCUGAUAAGCAAUACGGAGGUGUUCCGUUAAAUUCAACCUCACUUGAAUAUAACGAAAUGGAGACCAACUCAUCUGACCAGAUAAGCACAGAAAAAACAGCAGUCCUGCCAGACCCACCAGUUGGCAGCAGCAGCGGGCCUAUGCCAGACUGUCGGGAGUAUAAGGAAACAGAUUCCUACCAGUGGCAUGAAGAGUCUCAGAAAGGCCCAUCUGGCAAUCAAAAAGCGGACAAAAAUUCAGAAAGCACUGACGUUCCAAGCCCGUGGUCUUCAGUACCGUCUGAUAAGCAAUACGGAGGUGUUCCGUUAAAUUCAACCUCACUUGAAUAUAACGAAAUGGAGACCAACUCAUCUGACCAGAUAAGCACAGAAAAAACAGCAGUCCUGCCAGACCCACCAGUUGGCAGCAGCAGCGGGCCUAUGCCAGACUGUCGGGAGUAUAAGGAAACAGAUUCCUACCAGUGGCAUGAAGAGUCUCAGAAAGGCCCAUCUGGCAAUCAAAAAGCGGACAAAAAUUCAGAAAGCACUGACGCUCGAAGCCCGUGGUCUUCAGUACCGUCUGAUAAGGAACACGGAGGCGUUCCGUUAACUUCAACCUCAAUUGAAGAUAACGAAAUGGAGACCAACCCAUCUGACCAGAUAAGCCCAGAACAGACAGCAGUCCCGUCAGACCCACCAGUUAGCAGCAGCAGCGGGCCUAUGCCAGACUGUCGGGAGUAUAAGGAAUCAGAUUCCUACCAGUGGCAUGAAGAGUCUCAUAAAGACCCAUCUGGCAAUCAGAAAGCGGGCAAAAAUUCAGAAAGUGCUGACGUUCCAAGCCCGUGGUCUUCAGUACCGUCUGAUAAGGAACACGGAGGUGUUCCGUUAACUUCAACCUCACUUGCAUAUAAAGAAAUGGAGACCAACCCAUCUGAUAAGACAAGCCCAGAAAAGACAGCAGUCCUGCCAGACCCACCAGUUGGCAGCAGCAGCCGGCCUAUGCCAGACUGUCGGGAGUAUAAGGAAUUAGAUUCCUACCAGUGGCAUGAAGAGUAUGUCCAAAAUUCUGAUAUUUAGUGAUGAAUAAGUUAAACUUACAGCUGUGCAUGCAACUUAAGCGGGACCAAAA